GAGGACCAAUCUCAAUGGCGGCGAGUACAGAGGGAGUGAUCAGCAACAAACAGGUGAUACUGAAAGACUAUGUGACUGGCUUCCCCAAAGAAUCUGACAUGCAACUCACCACCGCCACCACCAAGCUCAAGCUUCCAGAAGGUUCCAAAGGGGUUCUGGUGAAGAACCUCUACUUGUCCUGCGACCCUUAUAUGAGAAGCCGCAUGACCAAGCGUGAACCUGGCGCCAGUUAUGUUGAUUCCUUCAACGCCGGUUCGCCUAUAGUCGGAUAUGGAGUCGCCAAAGUUUUGGAAUCCGGGGAUCCCAAGUUUAAGAAAGGCGACUUGAUUUGGGGAAUGACCGGGUGGGAGGAAUACAGUGUCAUCACUGCAACGGAGUCUUUGUUUAAGAUUCAGCACACUGAUGUGCCUCUCUCUUACUGUACUGGAAUUCUUGGUAUGGCUGGCAUGACUGCUUAUGCUGGUUUAUACGAAGUUUGUAAACCUAAAAAAGGAGACAAAGUGUACAUCUCAUCCGCAUUUGGCGCUGUUGGUCAGAUCGUCGGCCAAUUUGCCAAACUCAUGGGUUAUUAUGUUGUUGGAAGUGCUGGAAAUCAAGAAAAGGCCGACCCCGCUUAUUUAUUUAAUCACAAGUUAUUACGUUUGGAACUGCUCGAUGCAGUGCUCAUGAACAUGAGACUUCAUGGUCGCAUUGCCGUGUGCGGGAUGAUCUCGCAAUACAACUUCGAGGAGCAUGAAGGAGUCCAAAAUUUAAUGCAUCUGAUUUACAAGCGCAUUCGUAUGGAAGGGUUUUUUGUGUUUGACUUCUGCCAUCUGUAUCCCAAGUUCUUGGAUCUUGUGGUGCCCUACAUCCGAGAAAACAGGAUCACUUAAGUGGAAGACAUAACUCAAGGCCUUGAGAAUGGUCCUGCAUCACUCGUUGGCCUUUUCUCUGGCCGCAAUGCUGGAAAAGGAGUUCUUCUAGUUGCUGGCGAUUAA